AAGCUUGAAGAUUCAUUUUCAAUAUAUAAUUUGGUUUUUUUAUGUUUGAAAGAAUGGGAAAAGAAAAAAGCAGUUAUCGAUAUGAAUUAUAAGUUGAUGUAUCCAUGACAAUAACAGAUUUCCAUACUUAUUAGUUAAUUCUGUAAUCAUUAAAUCUGUUUGAUGAUCGAUUCGAAGGAAAUUUAAACGAUACACGAAAGGCUAAUUUUCUAGGAAUAUUCGUUUAUCGUUUAUCACGCAUGUCGUCUAGGGCGGAACGAAUCAAGUGAAUCAGUGUACAAUGGCUUGUGUUUCGAUGGAACAUCGAAUUACAUGUAUGUGCUUCGUACAAGGUGUCCGCGACGAUGCAGAGUUUUGAUUAUGAAAAAAAUAAUGUAUACGUAAACGGGGAAUAAUCUUGUGCACAAAUGCAUAUCUGCAAAACAGUAAAUAGAAUGGGAAAGCAAGACGGAUCUUGUUGGUGGUUUAUGAAGACGGUCACCUGGAUACCAGUUAUUUUCAUUUUAACGAUUAUCGUAUGGUCGUAUUAUGCUUAUGUGGUGCAGUUAUGUUUUUAUACAGUAGAUAAUUAUGUUCAAAAAGCCUUUUACCUGAUUUUUUAUCAUGCCUUAUUCCUAAUGUUUUUAUGGUCGUAUUGGCAAACUGUAUUUACAGAUUUAGUAAUAAUACCGGAUAAGUUUAGAAUACCAGAUGUAGAAAUGAUAAAAUUUCAACAAGCUGAAACUGAAGAAGCAAGAAGACAAAUUUUAGAAAGAUUUGCGCAAGAUCUUCCAGUCACAAAUCUUACCAUUACAGGAGUAAUACGUGUCUGUGAGAAAUGUCAGUUAAUUAAGCCAGAUCGAGCACACCAUUGUAAUGUCUGCAGGACAUGUGUUUUAAAAAUGGAUCACCAUUGUCCAUGGGUAAAUAACUGCGUAGGCUUUCACAACUACAAAUUCUUCAUGUUGUUUCUGGCGUAUGCUCUUCUUUACUGUAUAUUCAUUACUGCUACAUCUUUACAGUAUUUUAUACGUUUUUGCAAAGGAGAAUUGGAUGGAAUGGGUAGAUUUCAUCUUCUGUUCUUAUUCUUUGUGGCAUUGAUGUUCACAGUUAGCCUAAAUUCUCUUUUUCUGUACCAUUGUUAUCUGGUUUUACAUAAUAGGUCAACAUUAGAGGCAUUUACACCGCCUAUGUUCCGUACAGGAAAGGAUAAAGAUGGUUUCAGUCUUGGAAAGUACAAUAAUUUUCAAGAAGUGUUCGGUGAUAAUCCUAAACUAUGGUUCCUUCCUGUUUUUACUAGUUUUGGCGAUGGGGUAAACUUUCCUGAACGGCUGUGCAAUGAAGACACGCAUACUCUGUUGGGGCAUACUACCCAACAGUGGGGUGAUGAGACCGAGCUUGACUCUCCACCUCCUUAUGGGUCGCAAGCAGGUAUUGUGUAGUUUGAAUCCCUACGUUGAGGCUGUGCAAUUAAAUACAGUGUCCAACAACAUGCUACAGUAUUCCUGAUGCAAAGCUUUGUUAGCUGCAAUUACUCUGUCUAUAACAUCCAUAAAAGAAAUAGAUUUGGUCCUGUGAAUACUUCUAUAAUUCACAUGAGCUUAUACAUUACACUAUUCUUCUUUUCCUUCUUAAUGAGUUAUUAUCGUUGCCUCAUGACACAAAAGUUAGUGUUCAUUUUAGAACAUUUUUAAUGCUGUAUACAUGAUUAAGACAAAUAAUUAGUUACUGUUAAUGUGAACCCUUUAUUCUACACUGUCCUUAUAAAUUUAAUCAAAGUGUCAAGCAUUAAUGAAAGGAAUAUAUACUAUUAAAAGUAGAAAUUUACAGAUAUUAUUAAAAACAGGUAUACUACUUUUUCGUGUCAUAAAUAUAUGGUGGAUAUAGAUUUCAAGGGUUAAUUAGCUAACAUAUUUUAAUCAUUUUAUUUCUUAACAGUGUGACAUAUUUUGAUUAUGAGUAUUAAUCGAUAAACGGUUUAUGAACUCUUACAUUAUGUAAGUACAACUUCCAUUAUACAGAUUUUUUUAAACUAAAGAGAUCAGUGUUUUAAUGUGUAUACUUGUUUAAGAAUAGGCUAAUGUCAAAUGGAGAAUGUACAUUUUUAUAAUACUUAGUACAAACGUAAUUUGUAUGAUAAAACUAUAGAUAAAGAACUACGCCUAAUGAAGUCCAUAAAGAUUGUAUGAACUAUAUAUUAAUAAAAUUACAUUCCUUGUGUAUCUGUCAGUGUACAGGAUACAUAUGAAAUAUUGUACAUGAUAAAUAUCAAAUGUUACUGUCUAUUAUACAAUAAAACCAUAACUAAAAAACAGAAGAAUAAAUUGGUAAUGUUGUAAAAUUGUAUGUAUUUGUAGAAUAUGAACAAAUUUUUCUAUACAGUUAAAAUUUAAUGUAUCCAAUGUAGUUUUUAGAGUUGAUUGCUAUGCAUGAUUGUAGAUUAUUCUCACUUCUGUAGAUACGCAUGUUCUAUCGUACAAUGCUAAUAAAAUUAAUAAAUAAUUAAAAAAUUUAAGGUACAUUUGUCUGUUACAUCUGUGAUUGUAUGUUUUAAUCCAAUUAAAUCGUUUUAUUACAAAAUUUCUAGAAUUCAACUUUUAUCUAAUAAUUCUAUUUACACUUUUAAAAUUAACUACAGUAAUUUUAUCUCUUUCAUUACUCAUGAAAAUGAUAAACUGAAACAUUGUAAUUGCUUAUUUGUUAGUAAAAACGCAUGUGACUCUGCAUAUCAUAUUUUAUAAAAUCUAAUUAUAUUUUAACUUUAUAUAUGUGUGAAUUUACUAAUGUAUUUUGUAAUCAUUCCUAAUUGAUUCAAAUUAUAACUAUACAUUUAUUCAAAAAUAUAUGAUUACAUACUUAUUUUGAUAUAAUAAUCCACAAUUCUCGUUCUUUAAAUAGAAUGGUGUUAAUUGUACAUUUAAUCUGUUUUAACAUUCUGUAACUUAUCAUGUUACUAAGUUAAAAUUCAAAAGCAUUUUUAUAUAUAUUAUGUUUAAAGAUAUUACUCCCACAUGUAUCGAAUUAAUGUCUAAGACAGCAGAACUCUUUGUAAGGAAGGUAUGCAAAAUAGAAAUUAGAAAUGUGAGAAACUUAUUGGAAUUAUCAUCAAUAUGAACAUUUUUGAAACUGUACAUAAUAAAAUUGUAUUGUCGCAUGUGUUCAUGUUUUUACAGCUUUUAGAAACUAACAUCUAAUAUUAUUUUUUAUAAGUGAAAUGCUAAUGUUAAAUAAUUACAUUAUUGUUUAUUACUAAAAUUAUAAUUACGAUUUUAAAAAUAUCUGAAAGUAUUGUAUUAAUAACUUUGAGUUUGAUU